UAAAUGUUCAUUAGCAUAUUGCAACUGGAAAGCGCCAUUCAGCUUUGGAUGCGUGAAGGGGCAUGCGUGAAUGGUGUGAUGGUAGACCGGCCAGGGUCUCACUCGCAGCACUAGGAAUUAAUCACUUGGGAGGUCUACAGAUUAGCCAUCUAGUAGUGGCUGCGCUUGCAAGUGCAAGGUAUGCAUACAUGACUCAAUGCCUCCGAAAUUAGGCCUGCACCUCAAGACAACACGUCGGACGCGCAAUUUAGUUCACAUUCGCAACCUCCUGCGGGAAUUUGGUGUUGUUUCGUUGAGCCGUUGUGGUCCUUGACCGUGCUGUGUAAAAAUGGCCUCGCAAUUAGGUUUGGGGAUUGGGUUCGAAGCUUUGCACAUAGAAAUUGUUUGCAGCAAGUGUCCAAUGCGACGAAUGAAUGACAAUGUAUCACUGCAGGGCCGUGCAUUUGACAUCCUGCGGUUAGAUGUUAGCAGUUUUGCAAUGUUGCCAUUUUUAUGGCUAAGGUUUUAGUUUCAACUUGCAACACCACCCCAGCCUUGAAAAGGAACUCGCACUCCUGUUCCGAGUCCUCUCUACAUGACUAUCUGGCCUGCGACACUGUCUCGAUAGAAUCUCCCCUGACCCACAGCUGGAACUUCAUAAGCAGAGUGAAUGUAGCCAAUGAAAGAAAGGAGAUCCACAAAUGAGAUCCGAAAUUGGUUUCCAGUGCCCUCGCCGAAGAUUACAACGCAGAUGUUGAGUAGCCUGAGUAGCUGGAUCAAGUCGGAAAGAGGUGAGACGAGACUUAAGGCACAACAUAUUCAUAUUCCCUCCACGUACUCGAUGCGCAGUGCGCAGACAGUGUAAUGGCUUUUGGAUAGGGAAGAUAUUCGCUGUCAGCGUGUUCCCUUGCUUUGUCGGUUGCUUUCAAUGUGGAACUGCGAACUGCGACUUUACCUGCUUCCAAUUCCCAGGGAUUUUAAGCCACUAGACAUUUUCAUCAAUCAAACAAUGGUCAGUUUACUUGAGGGGCUUUUAGACAAAUAUCACUCACGCUGGAACAACAUCCACCUUGCAGGCGAAGAGCAACGACAAGCUUGCUCUCACCAUUUUUCUGCAUGUUUGUCGUGCAUUUCCUGGUUCAAACAGUGCACACGCCUUCGCAACAUCUUGUCUAUCAUUCCCUUCUUCUUUGACCAUGGGCCUUGAGGCACAUUUGCAGCAUGCGUCUCUCUUGAAGAAGGUCGCUGAAUCUAUGAAGGACUUGUGCAAGGACGUGAACUUCGACUGCUCGGAGAAGGGCAUUGAGGUGCAAUGCAUGGACAGCUCACAUGUAGCAUUGGUCUCUGUUUUGCUGAGAGAGUCUGCCUUUGCCGAGUUCAAGUGUGACCGUCCAGUUUCGCUUGGCAUGAACAUUGACUCGUUGACCAAGAUCCUGAAGAUGACAGGUGCAACUGACUCGUUGAAGAUUCGACACCAGACAGAUGCCGACACAGUGAACUUCCAGUGUGAAGGCUCAGAUGAUCGCAUUGCCGACUUCGAUUUGAAGCUCAUGCAAAUCGAGAGCGAACACAUGGAAAUCCCGGAGCAGCACUACAAGGUUGUCGCGAAGUUGCCUUCUUCUGAAUUUCAGAAGGUUUGCCGUGACUUGAAGGAGUUUGGCGAGACCAUUCAGAUCACUGGCAGCAAAGAAGGGUUGAAAUUCAUGGUGCAGGGUGAUUUGGGCAGCGGCAAUGUGAUGUUGAAGCCUCGUGAGGGAGAGAAGCCCGAGGAGAAGGUAUCACUCACAGUCCAUGAGCCAGUUACUGCCACAUUUGCGCUUCGCUAUUUGGUGAAUUUUGCGAAGGCCUGCAAAAUUAAAAAGACAAGUUUUGUUCAGUGACUUUGACGACUGAUUCUUGCCAAAUAGGUGCAGGCUGCUGCCGGCAGAGUAUACUUGUAGCAAAAGGUGUAACAAUCACUUAUCUAGGAAACCUUUCGAAAAUGAUUGCAUGGACUGGGACUCUGCUUGGAGCACACAGGCAGAGAAGCUUUGUGGUUCCGUUGAACUGGGUCUUAGUCCUGAUGCUCCCCUGCUGGUGAAGUAUGACUUGGAGACUGCAGACAAGGGCCACAUGCAGUUCUAUCUUGCGCCAAAGAUAGACGAGUGAUGAAGUUGCUUUGAUUCUCAAGUAUCACAGCAUGCGUGGUGCUGUUGCUAGAAGACUGCAGUAUUUUAGCACGCAAUGCUGUCUAUAUUUUGAGUGUAGUCAACUCGAUUGCUUAGGGAAGCACUGCUGGGGUUGCAGUGUAACGAAGGUCCAUUUCGUCGUGUGAAA